AUGUGGUUCUGGAAACGCGACCGGCGGGGCCACGUCGCCUACGUGAGCCUUUCCACGUCGUCGCCCUGUGAAGCGGUCGAUAUGUCGUGGGACGGCCACAACAUAAGACCAAAGAACGGUCCCAGGACCUGGUAUGGGCGCCUCUUGGUCAUCUUGCUAUGUGUUUACUCCCUAGUUAUGACCAUCCUGGUGUUGGCGACGGCCAAGGUCAACCUCUGGCUCACGGCGCCUCUUGGGAAUGAUCCGAACGGUUUCGUCCCGGCCUCUGUGGGCGCACCGCUGCGCUGGAGGACGUUUGUGCGCAACGAAAGCAAUCCGUACCACAUACCGGACGACGUGUUUGCGAGCAAGAUCAGAACGAGAGAGACCGUCGAGAGGCUGAUACGGAUGCACUCUUCAGCGGUGCGCAUCAACGGCCGCCACGCCCGCUGGGUCCAUGACGACGGCAGCACGUCCACCUUGCAGGCAACGUUCACGCCGCCCAGCAUGGGCCAAGACCAAGUCUACUUCAUACGGGGUCUGUAUCAAAUGCGCUGCAUAAUUGUCCUACUGGAAGCCUGCGGGACUAGCAUCCACCGCGAGACCAAUAUCACAGACGUAGUACAUAAGACUAAGGCCAACGGAAACAAGACGAGAGAACAUGACGACGACGACGGCGUCUGGCACUGGCCGCCCGAGCACGUGGCCUAUUGCCUCAACGUCUUGGCGGACGCUGUGCAGUGCACCGCGGACGCGACGCCGCUUUCCUUCGUCAACGGCUUCGGCUCCGGACACCUCACGGACGCGCAGCAGGCGUGGUGUCGGGAUUGGGAUUCCCUACGUGCGUGGGCCGCGGACGAAAAGCGCAGCGUGGACGCGGCCCGGGGAGGCGCUGCUCUCAAGGGGGCGUUUGGCAGGUUGUGGCGUACUGUUUUACCCUGA